GUCAUUGCGUGCGUGCGUCGGUACGUGCGUGCGAGAGGGAGGGGCUUGUUAUUCCAUCUCAAUCCCCACCCCGCGGUGUGUGGAUGCUGCCGCGAGAAGAGCAGAUGCUACUGAGCGGACCGCUGCCACUGCACCCAGCGGAGCCCAAGGUGUGCUAGAUAGCUGCAACGGUCCUGUUUUGUUGUCAUCCAAUACAGUGUAGAAGAGAAGCAUAGCAGUAUGUUGGACCAUAACGAACAAAGACACAGGCCUGUUCGCAGUUGAGUGGGAUACGCGAGGGAAGGGAAUGUUCAUUCAUUUUACAUAUUUCUUGACGCUAUGGCUAAACAGUAUGAUGUGCUCUUCCGACUCCUGCUUCUCGGAGAUUCUGGGGUUGGGAAAACAUGUUUGUUGUGCAGAUUCACGGACAACGAAUUUCACCCGUCUCACAUUUCCACAAUCGGAGUCGACUUCAAGAUGAAGACACUCAUGAUAGAUGGCGUCAAAGUGCGAAUACAGAUAUGGGACACUGCAGGUCAGGAGCGAUACCAGACCAUCACAAAGCAGUACUACAGACGAGCGCAGGGAAUCUUCCUUGUGUACGACAUCACCAGUGAGAGGUCCUUCCAGCACAUUAUGAAGUGGGCCAGUGACGUAGACGAGUACGCCCCUGAGAAGGUGCAGAAGAUCCUGGUGGGGAACAAGUCUGAUGAUGGGGACAAGAGGCAGGUGGCCACCGCACAGGCACACAAGGUGGGCACCUCCUACGGAAUGGACUUCUUUGAGACAAGUGCCUACAACAACCACAUCACAGAGUGCUUCACCAGGCUGGCGGAGCAGGUUCUGGCGGCCAACAAGAAGGACCUGGACCUGCUGCGCAUGUCCAUCACGGACGAGCUCGACCUCGCCGCCCUGGAGGACGAGGAGGGCAUCGGCGGCGGGGCGGCCGCGGACCCCGGCCGGAGCUGCUGGUGCUGAGGCCCUCAGCUCGUCGUUUCGCAGGGGGCCGUUUUGAUCAUCGAAAAUGUAUGGAGGAUUGAGUAUUAAUAUGGUUUGAAUAUUUGUGUUUUUGUCCGCCCGUGCGUUUGCUCUACUGCUGGUGGUCGGAUACACAGUGAAGGAGGGAAGGCGCUGAAGGCUCCUUUUACUUGUUAUUACUUUCACUUCACAGAAAAUGCUAGAAAGGACACUUGUGACGCUACAGGUUUGCAGCUCAUUCCCCUUUGAAGUCGGGGCCCCGUAGAGGGACGCAGGAGUGAACUCAAGACUAUUUGGACCGCACAGCAAGGAACUUUAUUUUCACACAAUGUGCCUAGCGACUGGCGAAUAAGAAAGAUGUGUCAAGUUGAUUUUCUUUGAGUUCUAGGUGUUCCUCUUUUUAAACCCAUGUUAUAUUUUGUGAUGGCCGAACUCCAUGAAGUUGACAUACCCCGUGUAAAAAUGCUAAUACUGGGCUUUUGGAACCUGUUCAUGUGGUGGAUUUGAUACUCAACAGCUUGCUCGUUACCUUUUGUUGAUAGUAUUUUUCCAAUGCGUCCGUGAACUUGAUGUUUGCGUUUUUCCAGUAGAGGGAGCCAUAGGCAUAGUAAAGCUGAGGUAACUGCCAGGGAACCCAAACCAUAUGAAAUGCAGUUAUUAAAAAAACAUCAAUCAAUUUCAAGCAGGAGUCAGGAAAAUUCUGAUUAAAAUAUUCACAUUUAUCUCAUUCAGCCUAUUCAAAUAAUUGUAUGUAGCUACAUAUGCGAAAUGCAUUAUGAUUGAAACCGAAAAACACCCUCAAGUAGGCUUCUGUAAUUAGAGUUGGUUUGAAUCAUCCCCCCUAUGCCUUCUAGACCAUGAAGUAUUUCCAUAAUUUGAUUAUAUUUGCUUUCAGUGAAUCAGUCAUCCAAAAUGUUCAAGGAAAUUGAACCAUGCGAGUUUUCUGAGCACAGGGACCAGGAAGUGAUUUGCAUGCAAACCCGAUUCUAUGUCACGUUUCUUCUGCUUUGAUUUAUAUUGUUACGUCAUAACUUCAGUGAAGUUAUAACAACGGGAACUGCCGAAAUUCAUGUGAUGCGCUGUUCCGCCAGUGCUACGGACCUACGGAGUAGAGACCAUGGACGUGGAAUAUUCCCUCAAUGAUGACUGGAUUAUACGCUCUGGAUACACGUAUUUGUGUUGUUUUGAUGAACUACUUUGGGAUUUAUUUUAGACUACUUGAAUGGUGUUUGUGGAAAUAUAUGAAGUGUAAUCAAAUAAUCGAAUGAAUGUCGUUCUUUGCAAAUGGAAAUGUUUGAGAGUAAAUAUUGACUAAUACAUAUUCUU